ACUCUACGGAGUUAAUUAAUUAACAACAUUGCCACACAAGUCUCGAUUCGCACACUCACACCCAUUCUUGAACACCAAGCGAAAGCUGAAUUUCAACCCACCGCUUCUUCUUCUUCUUCUUCGUUCAAAGUCACAAAACGCCAACGAAGACAGCGAUCUGACUGACCAAAAACACCGAACAAUUAUAUACUUAGAAAUCUUCUUGCAAAACAAAGGGCAAAAACAGAAAAUGUAUGUGGAUCACGCGUUUUCGAUCUCGGACGAGGACAUGAUGAUGGGUACCUCGUACACUGUGAAUAACAAGCCCCCAAUCAAGGAGAUCUCACUCGCUGUCGCUCUUCUUGUUUUUGGAACCCUUGGAAUCAUCAUCGGUUCUCUCAUGGCUUAUAACCAUGUCGGCGGUGACACUGCUCACGGGUUGUUCUUUGCGAUCUUGGGAACGCUGUUGUUCAUACCAGGGUUCUACUACACAAGGAUUGCAUAUUAUGCUUACAAGGGUUACAAGGGAUUCUCUUUCUCUAACAUACCUCCAGUUUAGUUUACUUAUAUAUGUGCUUACAUGGAGUUCAAGAUGCCACUUGAACCACGCAGUGUUUUCUCCAUGUUUCCCUUUCUGAAGAUUGAUGAACAAGAUCGUUAGCAGCUGCACUAAUUGACACAGUUUUUCCUUUCAUUUUAUAGCAUUUAUUUUGGUUGGUUUGGCCUAUUUGUGUUGUGGACAUCAAGGGGAUGAAAAGGUGGAUUUGCGUAUCAAAUCCAUCAUCCAUUGCUAGAGAAUUUUGAUGAAGUCUACAUUUCCAUUCAACGGUUGAGAUGGAUGAGUCGGCAAAAUGUUCUAUGUAAAAUAAGUACAACAAACAUUUUUUUAUUCAAAUGCUGAGAUAUGGAUUUUUUUAUACCUUUCUCUGCUCAAUUUCCUCCUUUUGGGGGCUAA